AUGGCUACGACAAAGGAGAUGAAGAAAUCGUGCAUGCAAACCAUCCGAGAAAGAAUUGCAAACCAUUGGACAACGCCAAGAAAGCUUUGCUCGCCAGAGCAGUACGACGCAGAAGAAUGGCUUUUUACCUUUUACCUGGGUAAGGACCGGUACUAUUCGUCUCACUGUCUUCGAUUUUCGCGAUGGUAUCUCUUUCUCGCAAGUUUUCUGGUCCAGUUCUGCAUCGGAUCACUCUACUCUUGGUCAGUGUUCAACAAGCCCAUCGAUAAUUAUGUCUACAAUGACAUAAAGGCUAGCAAUGCUGUGAACGCUUUCUACUUUGCAGUAGGCACUUUCGGUACGACGACGGCUAUUAUGGGUCCUUGGAUCGAACGCCACGGCCCACGCUACGGUGUGGUGCUCGGUACGUCGGCAUUCCUAUUGGGUCACGUGAUUGUGGCUAUCGGUGUUGCGUACAAGGAGAUUGCUGCAGUUUACGUCGGGUAUGGUCUGUUCUGUGGCUUUGGCAUGGGACUUUGCUACAUCGCUCCCAUAUCAGCGUUGCAGAAGUGGUUUCCGGAUUACCGUGGCACUGCGGCAGGAUUUGCUGUUGCAGGAUAUGGCGCCGGAGCUGUAGUAUGGGCAAAAGUCUAUCGACCGUGCAUUAAAACGGUCGGCGUUUCAUCGACGUUUGUGGUUGUUGGAUCUGCAAUGGCUGGCACAAUGUACUUGUGCGCCAUCGUCCUGCGAACGCCUCACCUUGACUUUACUGUUGGCGGACUGAACAUUCAUGGCGAAGUUGUCGACGACUCUAGAACAACGACAGACAUUGUGGUACUAAAGGAUCGUUACGAAUCUGCUGGAUCUGAGAAUGAUAUUGAUUUUAUCAUCAGUACAAAUGCCCAGGUGAGCAAAUUGUCGUUGAUCGACGCUAUCAAGACAUUGGACUUCCUGUGUAUGUACCUCAUGUUCUUUGCCAAUCAGAUCUACGGGUUGGUCGUCCUAUCCGAGCUUUCCAGCAUGUGCACUGACAUUUUCGGUCAAACAGGUGACCAUGCAGCUAACAUCGUAUCAAUCAACGGCGUGUUCAACUGCUUUGGUCGGCUUUUCUUCUCCCUAGCAUCCGACGUCGCUGCUCGUUAUUUCAAUAUCGAGCACUCGUUUGCACGCAAGUGCGUAUUCUAUACGACCCUGCUCUUGCAGAUUGUCAUCGUAGGGACAACCCCAAUGUUGAUUCGCAACCGUCAAUACACGGCUUUUGUGGCGGAAAUUUUUAUUCUCACGGCAAGCUAUGGUGGGGGAUUUGGUACCAUCCCAGCUUUCCUCACGGACAUGUUUGGCGCCUUUAACAUCGGUGCAAUGCACGGAUUAAUUCUCACUGCAUGGUCCAUUGGAGGUGUUGUUGGUGGUAUUACUUUUCACAAUGCAUACAACAGCAAAAUCGCAGUUGGUGUCUCCGUUAGCGAGGCUUAUAUCUCGACAGUGACGGACAUUUUCAUUAUCAUCGUAACGGGUUCCGUCAUCUUAUUUUUUGUUCGUACGAACCCCAUGGACAGGUUUGAACCUGGCUACCACUUCAGUAUCUUUGGCAAACGAGUUAUUAGCAUCAAAGCCAACGAGAGACUACCGAAAAAGGAGGACCCAUGGCUUUAG